AUGGCACCCGGGAAGAAGCCGGCGAGAAUGGCCGAGGUUGGGAAAGAGGGACAGUUGUUUGAUUUUGAUAGAGUGCUUGUGCCUGGGAGGGUACUGGCGCUGGAGCUCGAGGAGGAGGAUUCUUGUUUGGAGGUUUUAGAUUCGGGGGCUGCUGUUGGGAUGACGGCGAUAAUGUCUGAUGUUGAUGAUACUUCGUCUGUUGUGGUUGCGGAUGUUGUAGAUGCUCUACUUGAAGUCUUGAGCGUUGAUGUUGAAGAGGUAGGCGAUGAGGACGACGCUGAAGAUGAAAAGGAAGUGCUAUCUAACACACAAGCACUCCUCCCGCCGCUCUCCCUGCACUCAUACCCAAAUGGACAACAAGAAUCGCCGCAUUUGGGCAAAUUAUCAUCCAAACGUGUCGUCUUGAUCGGGCUCUUUGGAUGA